CUAGCGGCGAAUUUCAAACUUGUGAACAUCACAUCAUUUAUCACCUAUUUAACUCUUUUCCUUUCACAUAUCUUGACAUAGAAUUAAAUUUCAAGAAAUGGAAUUCUUGAAAAUUCAGAACUAUAAUACUCUCAUGAAAUCACUCGUGUUACUACUAUUAUGUGUUGUUCAUGUGAACGCUCAGGUUACACUUCCGUCUAGACAAGACGGAUUCUGGUACAAGAACAGAAUUGCCAACACAGAAUCUAUAUUAAUCGAGGCUUUCUUCGAUCCUCUUUGCCCUGAUAGUCGCGAUUCAUGGCCCCCUCUCAAGCUAGCUCUCCAACACUAUGGAUCUCGUCUCUCUCUCGUUGUUCAUCCGUUCCCUUUACCGUAUCAUGACAAUGCAUUUAUUUCAUCGCGAGCGUUGCAUAUUAGCAAUCAGUUGAAUACUUCUGCUACAUAUAGAUCCAGGUAUAAAUCUAUUGGCAGGUUUUAUGGCAAUGCAACUUUCAACUUGUCCAGAUCAUCUGUUGUAGAUAAAAUUGCAAGAUUUACAUCAAAUUCAAUUGGGAAUUCGCAUUACGCUGCUGUAAAAGCUGGAUUUACUGACCCGAAAACUGAUCAUGCAACAAGAAUUUCCUUCAAGUAUGGUUGUGUGAAAGACGUAUAUGGGACGCCUUUUUUCUUCGUAAAUGGAUUUCCUCUGCCUGAUUCUGGCUCAGCAUUGGACUACAAUGCAUGGAGAAAAAUCAUCCAUCCAUUGUUGAAGAACUAACAAUUUUGCUGUAAGACUGCGUACAAUAGACCCUUGUGGUUCGACCUGCAUAUAGUGGGAGCUUAGAAUAUCGAGAAGUCCUAUAGUUGUUGUAUUUGUACUCUCAUUCACCUGAUGAUUGAGCUAGAUUGACAAACUUUUAUCUCUGGUGUUUACAAAUAUAAUGAAAAUAAUUUAUUGCUU